UUACACUGUAUGGCUUGGGCUUUGUCGAGCUUCAUCAGUACAAUGCGUAACAGGGUGAUAAACUGACAUCUCCCAGCUGUGUUUUUACAGUAGAGUCCGAGGCCGAAACAUUCGCGGAAUCGUUGUUAAAAUUCUGACCCAAAAUUGGUCUAGUGUUGGAGUUCAGAGUUGAAGACAACCAGACUAGAAGCGAUCGGACUUUAUAUUCAUCAUGUUUCUAGGAAAGGGAAGACGUUACUUUAUGUUUGACGAUGGAAAACGCGUGUGAAUGAAUCGGAAGGGUUUUGUCUGUUGGAAUUACACUAUAAGUGCUUUAUGUUUGGAUCUUGGGUUCAGAGAGCCUUUGUUUACAGGAUCGGAAAGAGGCCAGGAGUCAGUUCAUGUGAAUCGGAGAGGGGUGUCUGUCGUUGUUUAGAUGGUGAUUAGAAAGACAGGAAGGAUAGAUUGGGACUAAUAAGAAGAUCACGUUACUUAACCAUAAGCAGCGCACGUUACUUAACCCACUGAAACCAUGUCGCAUGUGACUGACUGGGAAGCGUCCGCGUCGAUAAUCGUAUAACCUGAGAGAGAAAGCACGGACCAGCUGGGGUGACACAACCCCGCCACGGUGCCACCAUGGAUCUACUUGAGUGCCCAAUCUGCCUGUUCCUCAUGUGUGAACCGGCCACCAUGUCCUGUGGUCACUCGUUCUGCCGGAGCUGCCUGGGGAACUACUUGCCAUCCAGGUGCCCAGCCUGCAAGGAAAGAUUUAAACAGAGAGACGCCAAAAACAUAAAGAACAACAUCCUGAUAUUCAGUGUCAUUGAGAAGUGCUGCCCAGAAGAAACGAGGAUGAAAUGCCAUAUUCUGGAGAAACUCAAAACCAGCGAGUUCACAGAAUCUUUACGCAUCGCGGAUGAAGGGAUACGACUAGCCCCUGGGGAUGUGAGUCUGAAGGUGUGGAGAGCAGAAGCCAGUAUGGGACUGGGACUGUUCUCUGAUGCCCUGAGGGACCUUGAAGACCUUUGCUGCGUUCGCCCCAAGUGGACAGAGGGUUUCUUUCGUAAAGGUAAUGCGUUACUGGAGAUGGGUCGUCAGUCUGAAGCCCUGAUCCAGUUUCACCGCUGUCUCAAGCUACAGGCCGACUUCACUCCUGCCAAGAGCCAGAUUAAAAAGAUCCUGGAGGCAGAAGGCAUGUCAGUUCCAGAGGAGGUGCCCCAGAUCCUCCAGGUGGUGUCGGAGUACCUCAGAGACCCCUGCCCCCCCAUCACAAGCCUCUUCCCCACUGGACCCACACAAAGCCACACACACAGCCACGCCGAAAGCCUCCGAUUCCCUCAGGAGGAGGGGGCCGACGGGGACAGGAGAGGAGACUCUGAGAACGGGUCAAAGGUGAAACAUGGGACCAGUACUGAGUGCUGUCUCAGUCUCUGUCAGGCUGUGUCCUUCCUCCCUACAGCCGAGGAUGAUGAGGAGAUGAUGAUGAGGAAGGAGGAGAGGCACAGUAGGGGAGGCUGCAGUCUGGACAGAAGAGACUUUCUGAGUGUCCUCACUGUGUCUGACUUUGAAUGUCCCCUCUGUAUCAGGCUGUUCUAUGAGCCAGUGACCACUCCCUGUGGACACACCUUCUGUAGGACCUGCCUCGAGAGAAGCCUCGACCACAACCUCCGCUGCCCCCUUUGCAAACAGCCACUACAGGAGUACUUUAAGAACAGGAAGUACAACCCCACAGUGUUGCUGCAGGAGAUCAUGUCCCGCCUCUUCCCCCUGCAGCUGGCUGAGAGGAAGCAGGUCCACGAGACUGAGAUGGCCGAACUCUCCAAUCUAACUAAGGAUAUCCCUAUCUUUGUGUGUGCGGUGGCGUACCCUGGCGUGCCCUGUCCUCUCCACAUCUUCGAGCCUCGUUAUCGCCUCAUGAUGAGACGAUGCAUGGAGACGGGCACCAGGAAGUUUGGCAUGUGCAGCUACGAACAUGGAAAAGGAUUUGCAGACUACGGCUGUAUGCUGGAGAUCCAUAGCCUAGAGGUGUUGCCUGAUGGUCGCUCCUAUGUGGACUGUGUGGGUGGAAGUCGCUUCAGGGUCCUAAAGAGAGGACAGAGAGAUGGAUACCACACUGCUGAUAUAGAAUACAUGGAGGACCACAAGGCUGAGGGGUCAGAGUUGGAGCUGUUGCAGAGCCUCCAUGACAGUGUGUAUGAGCAGGCCCAGGACUGGUACACACGCCUCAACACACGCCUCAGAGAACAGAUCAGCAGACAGUAUGGAACCAUGCCUGACAAGGACGACAACAUACAGGCCUCCAAUAACGGUCCAGCUUGGUGUUGGUGGUUGUUGUCAGUUCUCCAGCUGGACCCUGCCUACCAGACCACUGUGCUGUCUCUGCCCUCCCUCAAAGAUCGCCUGGGACACCUGCGCAUCGUUCUGGAGUACUUCUCCCAGAGCUAGAGAAGUGGAGGAGUAUGAAGGAGAUAGAGGGAUACAGUGAUACUUGGUUUCUGAUGCCAAUCCAAUACCAUACACAGAGGAGAAUCUCUACAGACUGAAUAAUAUGAACCAUACACAAUACAGAAAUACACACAAACACACAUCCACUAAUAUAUUACACACACACACACACACACACACACACACACACACACACACACACACACACACAAAU